GAACGACGGGGUGACAACGACAGCUUCAGCGAGAGAGUGCGAGAAUACUGUGCCCAGAAUGUGAUGGCACGGCAAGGACUGAAUCUGAAUGGAGCCCAGCACGCUGGCAGCAGACGAAAGUCGACCGUCGUCCUGCUCGGUGUAGCGUCCGCGCGAGAUAAUUUGCAGCUUCCGCCGCAGAAGCAGUGUGGGCAGCAAACCGGUAGAGAAAUCCUUUCACCCUCCUUCGUUCGACAAGGGGGGGUCGUGCUCGAUAGGUGCGUGCGGGGUGGCUCUAGUGCUAGGACCUCUUGUUCGGAGCGAGGCUGCUACAUCGAUCGUGAGUGGUCAUGUGGGGUGGGUGUGAUUCCUGGGUUCAUGGUUCCGCUACAGUGUCAGCUCAGAAUUAAUCGGAUUGCAGUGGAUGGUUAUUGGAAAAGUGAUUUUCUAGAAAAGAUCGUUUGAAGUGCUUUUGUGAAUUGUGCUGAAAGAAAAACCAACGAUGGAGCAAGAAGAAGUUUUCUGAUGGCAAUAAAAAUGGGUCAAGGAAUAUUUAAAGUGAAAUUGUGGUUAUCCGAUAAUAGUGGAAAUUCAAAGUGACGUUAGUUUCGAUUAAGUGAAAUUUGUGCGCAAAUAUUUAACCGAAUUGUGAAACCUGCAACCUUAACUUCUUGGGAUUAUAGGAACCGUAGUUAAAAAUCACAUUUCCAUAGGGCUUUGUCAGUAUGGUGUGAUGCAAUGAACUGUUACUCUAGUCGUCUAGUACUGUAGCUCCAGCUCCAACCAGAGGAGCUAAAUCGAGGACGCCCGAUUCCGAUUCAGUCUAUAGCUACUUAUCACCAUAGUUGUGUAUAAUACCUGAAUUUGGAAGCACACCUCCUCGCAAAAUGGCUGCCUUCGCUGGACUCAAGGAUCGCGCUGCCAACGUAUUCGGCGGAAUGCGCUUCGAGAAGUUCGAAAUGCCGAAGCACGGCUACGACCAGGUGGACGGCCAUGGAAUGAGCACUGGUGGCGGUGGCGGCAGCGGCGACGGUUCCAAAGGAUACGAAGGGGCGGACGAUGGCGGUGCCGACUCGCCGAUGUCGUUCGAGGAAAUCGAACGGCCACCUCUGCGACACAUCGACAAGUACGUCCGGGCCGAGUGUCCCUGCAUUAAAACGACCCGCUUCACGAUCGCCCUGAUGACCUGCCUGGGGUUCAUCAUUUCGUUCGGAAUGCGCUGCAACAUGGGCAUGGCCAAGCUCCAGUUCGAGAAUGCGACCGUCAAAUACAACUGGACUGUCGCCAUGGAAAGUGCGGUCGACUCGUCCUUCUUCUGGGGCUACCUGGUGACCCAGGUGCCGGGUGGUUUCCUAGCUUCCAUGUUCCCCGCGAAUCGAAUCUUCGGAACAGCAAUCGCUUGCUCGUCGUUUCUCAAUCUGCUCGUUCCUGGUGCAAUGGCCCUGCAUCCGGUGGUGCUGAUCAUGGUUCGAGUACUGCAGGGUCUGGUUGAGGGUGUAACGUACCCGGCAUGUCACGGUAUCUGGCGUUUCUGGGCUCCUCCGCUGGAACGGUCCCGGCUGGCGACGAUGGCUUUCAGCGGUUCGUACGCGGGUGUCGUGAUAGGUAUGCCAAUGUCCGGAAUCCUUACCGGCUGGAUCAGUUGGCACGCGCCGUUCUUCUUCUACGGCCUGUGCGGAAUCACCUGGUAUUGCUUCUGGUUGUGGCUGUCGUUCGAGAAACCGCGGCAGCAUCCGACCAUCUCGCUCAAAGAGCUGAAAUACAUCGAAAAAUCCCUGGGUGAUUCGGUGUCGCUGCCGAUGCCGAAGAUUUCCACGACGCCGUGGCGAGCGAUGGCCACGUCCAUGCCGGUGUACGCCAUCAUUGUGGCCAACUUUUGCCGCUCGUGGAACUUUUAUCUACUCGUACUGUAUCAAAGUGCAUAUCUUAAGCAUUCGUUUGAUUUCAAAAUCGAAGAGACUGGUAUUUUAGGAGCACUGCCACAUCUACUGAUGACAAUUAUUGUACCAUUCGGAGGAAUGCUAGCGGAUUACCUGCGAAAGUCCGGACUGAUGACGACAACCAACGUGCGGAAGCUGUUCAACUGCGGCGGCUUCGGCCUGGAAGGAUUCUUCUUCCUGGUGGUGGCCCACUCAACUAGUGCUAUGGGUGCAGUGACGGCCCUUACCCUGGGUGUAGCCUUCAGUGGGUUCGCCAUCUCCGGCUACAACGUGAACCAUCUGGACAUCGCACCUCGUUAUGCCAGUAUCCUGAUGGGAAUGUCCAACGGUAUCGGUACCAUCGCCGGACUGAUAUGUCCCAUUGCAAUCGAUCACCUAACGAGAGGACAGCCAAAAUCCUGUUGGUCCACAGUGUUCAUGAUAGCUGCGACUGUCCAUCUAGUGGGUAUCACUUUCUACGGAAUAUUUGCGUCCGGAGAGCUGCAACCGUGGGCAGAACCGACCAUCGAGGAGCAGAAGGCAUGGGAUCCGAUGGCCAGUGGGUACGAGAAGGAAACGACAUUCAACGAUGCCGCCAAUGGGUCCGGUGGAGCAGCUAUGGCUGCCUCUGGUCCCUACAUGGACCCGUCGGCGCAGAUUAACGCCACCAAAACUGUGAGCUAUGGGGCGGUUUCGCACGUGGCAGGUAAUCCGUUCGCCUAUCCGAAUGUGAUCAAUGAAGAACCAGUGCAACCGGAAGCAAAAGACUCCUACUUACAUGGCAAUCCGGACGAACGUUCGUAUUGACCUGCGCGGCUUAAGAAAACCGUAACCUUUAGUUGUAAUUAGAUAGUGUCGUUAGUAUUAGGAGUCACCCUUCUGGGUGAGUCGGUGGAAAAAAUUCUGGUUUUGCUUUGUUUAUUGUGGUUUUAGGUAGAAAACUGUUUCCUUACAAGUUUCUCUCUGGAAUGAAUUAUCUGUGUUAGACAAUGGUGUGUGUUGAGAACAACUACGAACUGCAAUAUGAUUCAACUGAACUAUUGAGCAUCCUGCAGUAAAAGAUAUACAUCACAUUAGAUUAUCUCGGUUUAUUAUUCAACAAAUAACGUGGUAUGGAUUGAAAGUUACCCUGCUUAAGCAAUUACAAUUAGAUAGUACCAACAAAUACUUGAGCAAAUGAUGGUGUAAGAUCAGUAUUAUUUAAGAAAAAGUUAUAGAAAUAUAAUAAUUCAUUAUUCGUCGUAUAAAACUAAUAGUGACCAAAGAAUCACUAACCCAAAAUGAAAAAUGUAAAUAUUGCUGUGAAAUGAUAAUAACGAAUCAUACAAUGUAAUUAGGGCAGCGCAUUUGUUAACCUAAAGCACGAAUUAAGCUUAACAUAAACAACCUUAGAUCAAGAAAAAAAACUUAAAAAAUACGAAAAAAUCAAUACAAACUGUACAUUACUCCAACAGACACUAGUUCUAAGAGCGAUUGCAAAUCGACCUAUCUACUAUCCACCCCUUCUCAAUCAGGUAAUCGACUCAACAUCCACCACCAAAAACAGAGAAAAUAAAGUCAUAUAUUUAGGAAUAUUGAUGUUGGGAUGUUAAGUUAACGGCAGACGGGGGAGUACGCUUUCGGUUUUGUAAAAUACGCGCAUUUCUUUCAACUAAAAGAGUCAAUUUACAAACACUGUACACUGUAGAGAACUAAUAUAGAUCCAAAACAAAAGGUAGAAGGAGAUGGUACGAAGCUGCUUUCAGAACAGAAGGCGGCUUGUGCUGCACAAUUUAGGACAAAUAAUGAAGUAGUAGUGCUGCGUGGGUGCGCGAGAGAUGACAUAGAACAAGAGUUUUGUUGAGAAUCCUACUCGAGUUGUGCGAGGAUGUGUGUGAAUGGGGGUAUGUUUCAGAUGCAGUAGUUUAUGGAUUUUUGAUAUUGAGUGAAUUUAAUUAUUUAUUAAUUAUUCCAUCUGGUUUUGGAAUUGAAAGAUCUUCACGACAGCAUAAUAGUAAAAUUUGA